GUUGGACUAAAGUGGGCCAAGUGGAUAAAGAAAUAAAGGCGGGAAAAACGGAAUGUUGAUUCAAGUUCCUCUUGUUACUGCCUCAACAAUGUAAUCCGAAAAAAAACCAACAAAAUUCUGCCGGUAGAAUCAACGACGAAGAGUCACCGGCCGGGAAGUUGGAGGAGUUCCACCAACAAACUCGCGCUGCCUCCUUCUGGCUUCCAUUAUCUCUCUAAUUGUUAAAGCGUUGCGUGCAAUGCACAAAACCUAACCAAUUUCAACAAAAACCUCUUCGUUGGAAAAAAUAGAAUCACGCCUGCGAAUCGGGAGAUUGGAAAUUCAAUUUGAUUGUGUUGGAUAUAAUUUAAGAAAAAUGAAGGCGAAUUGGGAGGUGAAGGAUUGUUGUAACCAUGACCAAGUCAUCUUCCUUGUCACCAUUGGUGUCUACACCGUCUUCAUUUUUAUCUUAUGGAGAACAUUUAUUAUAACACCUUUCAAGCUCAUUACUGUGUUUCUUCAUGAAGUAAGCCAUGCAAUUGCUUGUAAGCUCACAUGUGGAGAGGUGGUGGGCAUAAAAGUUCAUGCCAAUGAGGGGGGAGUGACACAAACUCGCGGUGGUCUUUCUUGGGUGAUCUUGCCUGCUGGAUAUCUGGGUUCAUCUUUCUGGGGAAUGGUUCUCAUACUUGCAUCGACAAACGUUCUCAGUGCAAUGAUAGCAGCUGGUUGUUUUAUUGCCGCUUUGCUUAUCGUGCUCUGCCUUGCAAAAAAUUGGACACUUCGCGGACUUUGCAUUGGAUUCAUCAUUUUCAUUGGUGGAAUUUGGGCGCUGCAAAUACAAACGGAAGUUCGUAUGCUCCGUUAUGUAAUUCUCUUCAUAGGUGUUAUGAACAGCUUGUUUUCUGUAUAUGAUAUCUAUGAUGACUUAAUAUCUCGAAGAGUGAACUCAAGUGAUGCUGAGAAAUUUGCUGAACUUUGUCCAUGCUGUUGUGCUGGUCCUUUUUGGGGAGUCCUUUGGGGAAUGAUAUCUUUUGCUUUUCUUUUUGGAGCUAUGUACCUUGGCCUUGCCCUUUUAUCUUGAGGUCUUUGCAGAUGGGUUUAACGUCCUUGCAAUAUGGCAGAGCAGAGUUCCUGUCGUCUGUUGUGUAGUAUUUCAUCAAAUAUUAGAUGCUACAUUCAUUUUUGUCUUGUUCUCAACCCAGUGAGCACAUUCUUUUUAUCCCCUAUGAGAUGGGGUUAGUACAGUUGUGACUUGUAUUUGUAUAGCAAAAAUCAAAUACUGUACCAUGGUAUCCCGUUCAGCUGAUUCCUGUGCCAGAACCUUUGCAGACAUUUGUAAGUCGUGGUUCAAUUAGACAACAUGUUGCUUCGAAGAUUGGAGUUGUUCAGAGAAGUAAAUUCAAGAAAAAGAGCUUGUGUGAGAAAUUCUUCAAGAAGUUAGGCAGAAAUAUCCUCUAUUGCUGAAUAGAGCACUCACUCUGCAUAGAUUAGGCAUACAUGCAUUCCAACCCCUUUUAGUUGAAGGGACGCUCUUUGUUUACAUCCAUUAGUUUGUAAAUUGGUCUAGAUUCAAUGAGCAGUGGGUUGUUUGAUGCCUGAACAUGAUGUGUACCCUUAUAUUUUGUUUAACUAGAUUUAAGCAAGUCUGAAGAACUUGAUUGGUUUUCCAACUUUGACAAAGUGUCUGGCUUUUGGAAAACUGGGAGUUGUUGAAAUAUCGCCUGGAUAGUC